AUGUUCUGGAGUCCUGGAGGGCCUUCAGAGCGCUAUGCCUGGCACGCUGCCUUGGUUCACCACAUGUGCAGAGCGCAUGCCUGCGCCGAGAGCUAUUGCGAGCGCACUGGGUCGCAGCUCCACGAUAUAUUCAAUAGCGAUGGGGCAAUGAUGCCUUCGAGAGCCCCCAACAACGACCACGCACGCCGCAGCCCCUUCUGCAGUCUCUGGACACUGCGCUGGCCACUGCGGAGAGAGCCGGGCCCCCAGCGGCGACCACGCGCGCCGCAGCCCCUUCUGCAGUCUCUGGACACUGCGCCGGCCACUGCGGAGAGAGCCCAGUUCUGA